AGAAAAGCUCUAUGUGGAGAAAGCAUUGCUGCUGAGUCAACUGAAUGUAUCAUGAUAAGUAGCCCUGGGUUUGCUGAAGGAGUUGGCAGUCCACUUAUGACCCCAGUUUCUGGAAAAGCUGCUAGGACAUACAAGUCGAAGGCUAAAGUUGGCAAAGCUGGACCUCAGACCCCUAUAUCAAAUGCUGGUUCACCUGGCAAUCCAGUCACUCCUGUUGGUUCUUGCCGCUAUGACAAUUCAUUAGGAUUGUUGACCAAAAAAUUCAUUAGUUUGCUCAAACAAGCUGAAGAUGGCAUUCUAGAUUUAAAUAAUGCUGCAGAGACAUUGGAGGUUCAAAAAAGGCGCAUAUAUGACAUUACAAACGUCCUUGAAGGAAUUGGGCUAAUAGAAAAGACGCUUAAGAACAGAAUCCGUUGGAAGGGUUUGGAUGCCUCAGGAACUAACUUAGGAAUUUCGGAUCUGCAGACAGAAGUUGAAAACCUUAUUCUCCAGGAGCAAGAAUUGGAUGAAAGUAUAAGUGAAAUGCAAGAAAAGGUCAAGGAGUUAACUGAAGAGGAAAGCAAUCAGAGAUGGCUAUACCUUACUGAGGAUGACAUCAAGGGGUUGCCCUGCUUUAAGGAUAAAACACUAAUUGCAAUAAAGGCACCUCAUGGUACUAUGCUGGAAGUACCAGAUCCUGAUGAGGCUGGUGAUUACAUCCAAAGGAGAUAUAGAAUAGUUAUAAGGAGUACAAUGGGUUCAAUUGAUCUCUACUUGGUUAGUAAUUUUGACGGGAACUUGGAGGAGCUGGUUGGUGUUGAAACGCCUCAAAAACAUGCAGAUGUGGCAAUACCUACCACCACAGAGGGCUUCAGAACCAUAGAAGCUGGACAGAGCAGCAGGUCGAAGGACAAAUCGCCGAACAUGGAGCAUGUCCACAAAAUUCCUGAUCUAAAUGCUCAAGAUUUGGGAGGGAUGACCAAGAUCAUUCCAGAUGUUGAUACUGAUGCAGACUACUGGCUUCUCACUGAUGGUGAUGUUAGCAUGACUGAUAUCUGGAGAACUGCACAAGCGCAGUGGGAUCAGUUCUUAGCUCAAGAGGUGGCUACCCCACAGGCAAUGAGGGAACAACCAGCGGUUCUGGGUAAAGCUACAGUUGUAUCCCCUGCCCAAGGAUAACCAACGAGAUAAAUUAAGGGAUAUCUCUAUUUAAGGAUAUUUUGGAGCAACAGAGUUCUUUUUUUUGGGAUGGCAAAUGGUUUUUCUAGGACUCUUUGGAGGCUGGUGAUUUCUAUCAAGUUCUGCAUCCUUUCUCGGAAAAUGGAAGGCGGUCUAGCAUCGUUCUAGCUAUACAGCCUGAGAAAUGCAUCUUGCCAUUGUCUGACGACAUGUGUUCAGUAACUUAUUUUUGCUUUAGUUCAGCAGUUGAGGUCGGUCUUGGUGGGUGGGUUCUCCCUUUAAGUUAUGCCACAUGAUUUUGUAAAUAUUGUGUUAUUAGACGUGUACAAACUACAAUGCAGAAGAGUGUACAAAGCAUUUUACAAGGCCCCAGUGGUUUCUUUCUGCACUAA